GCGUCGGGGCCGCGCCUGGGCAGCGGGCGGAGCCGCCGCUGCCUCCUGCCGGAGCCGCUCCGCGCGUCGGAGGCUGCGCUCGGCUCCGCAGCAGCUGCCGGCGGCCGGAGAGGGAGCGAGCGGGCGCCGCCGCCCGCGCCGCGCCGAUGGGUCUCCUCCUGCUCCUCUGGGCGUGUGCGGCCGCCGCCGGGACAGCUGUAGGAUUUGGAAUGGAUCCCAACUUACAAAUUGAUAUCAUCACAGAGCUGGAUCUGGUGAAUACAACUCUGGGGGUAACACAAGUGUCAGGACUACACAAUGCCAGCAAAGCAUUCUUAUUCCAAGAUAAAGAAAGAGAAAUCCAUGCAGCACCCCAUGUGAGCGAGAAGUUAAUUCAGCUCUUCCGGAAUAGAAGUGAGUUCACAUUUCUGGCCACUCUGCAACAAAAGGCAUCGACUUCUGGAGUUAUAUUGUCCAUCCGAGAGUUGGAGCACAGCUAUUUUGAGCUGGAGAGCAGUGGCCUGCGGGAUGAGAUCAGGUAUCACUACAGGUCUCAUGGGAAGACGAGGACAGAGGUGUUCCCCUACCGCCUGGCAGAUGGGCAGUGGCACAGGAUUGCUGUGUCACUUAGUGCAUCCCACCUUCUUCUCCACGUGGACUGCAACAGGAUUUAUGAACGUGUCAUUGAUCCCCCGGAAAUGAAUUUGACACCUGAAAGCAAUUUAUGGCUUGGACAGAGAAACAGGAAGCAUGGUUUCUUUAAGGGUGUUAUUCAAGAUGUGAAAAUCAUCUUUAUACCUAAUGGAUAUAUAACACAGUGUCCCAAUCUGAAUCGCACAUGCCCAACCUGCAGUGAUUUCUUAAGUCUGGUGCAAGGAAUCAUGGAUUUGCAAGAACUCCUGGCAAAAAUGACUGCAAAAUUAAAUUAUGCAGAAACAAGACUGAGUCAAUUGGAAGACUGUCAUUGUGAGAAGACUUGUCAAGUAAAUGGAUUGAUCUACAGAGACAAAGAUUCAUGGGUUGAAGAUGAUCACUGCAGGAAUUGCACAUGCAAAAGCGGAGUUGUGGAAUGCCGGAGGAUGUCCUGUCCCCCUCUGGAGUGUCCUCCUGAUGCUCUCCCUGUGCACGUGGACAGUCAGUGCUGCAAAGUGUGCAGGGCAAAGUGUAUCUAUGGAGGCAAAGUGCUAGCAGAAGGUCAACGAGUAUUAACCAAGAGCUGCAGGGAAUGUCGAAAUGGAGUUUUAGUAAAAGUAACAGAGACCUGUCCACCACUGAACUGCUCAGAAAAAGAUCACGUUCUUCCAGAGAACCAGUGUUGCAGUGUUUGUAGAGGCCAUAACUUCUGUGCAGAGGGGCACAGGUGUGGUGAAAACUCAGAGUGCAAAAACUGGAACACAAAGGCUACUUGUGAAUGCAAGAACGGUUAUCUCUCUGUCCAAGGGGACUCUGCAUAUUGUGAAGACAUUGAUGAGUGUGCUGCCAAGAUGCACUAUUGCCACGCCAACACCGUGUGUGUUAACCUGCCUGGCUCCUACCGCUGCGACUGCGUCACGGGCUACGUGCGUGUGGAUGACUUCUCCUGCACAGAGCAUGAUGAGUGUGGCAGUGGGCAGCACAACUGUGAUGAGAAUGCAAUCUGCACCAACACCAUCAGGGGACACAGCUGCACCUGCAAGCCCGGCUAUGUGGGCAACGGGACCAUCUGCCGAGCAUUCUGUGAAGAAGGGUGCAGAUAUGGUGGAACUUGUGUAGCUCCUAACAAAUGUCUCUGCCCUUCUGGAUUCACUGGAAGUCAUUGUGAGAAAGAUAUUGAUGAGUGUGCAGAGGGGAUCAUUGAGUGUCACACCCAUUCACGCUGUGUUAACCUCCCAGGGUGGUACCACUGUGAGUGCAGAAGCGGUUUCCAUGACAAUGGAAGCUAUUCUCCUUCCGGGGAGUCCUGUGUGGAUAUCGAUGAGUGUGCCUUAAAGAUCCACACCUGUUGGAAUGAUUCAGCCUGCGUGAACCUGGCAGGAGGGUUUGACUGCCUUUGUCCAUCUGGGCCAUCUUGCACUGGAGACUGUCCCCACGAAGGUGGCUUCAAGCGGAAUGGGCAGGUGUGGACCCUGCGAGAGGACAGAUGCUCCGUGUGCUCCUGCAAGGACGGGAGGAUUUUCUGCCGGAGAACAGCCUGUGACUGCAGGAACCCCAGCGCCGACCUCUUCUGCUGCCCGGAGUGUGACACCCGCGUCACCAGCCAGUGCCUUGACCAGACGGGGCACAAGCUCUACCGCAGCGGGGACAACUGGACCUACAGCUGCCAGCAGUGCCGUUGCCUGGAAGGAGAGGUGGAUUGUUGGCCUCUUCAGUGCCCGACCCUGAACUGCGAGUACACAGCCAUCUCAGAAGGAGAGUGCUGUCCUCACUGUGUCAGUGACCCGUGUCUGGCUGACAACAUCACCUAUGACAUCAGGAAAACCUGUCCAGAUGGCUAUGGAAUCACAAGGCUUAGUGGUGCUGUAUGGACAAUGGUGGGAUCUCCUUGUACAACCUGCAAAUGCAAGAAUGGGAAUGUCUGCUGCUCAGUGGAUUUAGAGUGUCUCAACAAUAACUGACCUGGGCAGACUGGACUGUGCCAAGGGAGGAAAACUGCUGGAGUUAACACCUGAAGAAAGCUGUGUGCAUUGGCAUUUUAUACACCAGACAAUUACCAAAGUCUCCGAAGGAGGAAGAUGUUUGGGAGUUGCCUUUGGGCGCCAUCUCCAUGCUCAUCCUUCUAGCCUUGGCCGGGUGACUUCCAGUACGGCGUAUAGAAAUCAAUGGUUGCUACAAGUUUUCAGUGUUGUAAAUUACACACCUUUCCUGUCAAGAAAUUUGCAAAUAUGUUUUAAUUAUUUCAUGGGUAAACUAAUGCUGUAUUUUUUGUUCUAAUUUGUGUAUUGACAACAUUGAUAGAAUUCAGCUCUUCUUAUUUUGAAUCUAGAUUUUACAAAUACGACAGCCUGUUGUGAUUUUGUCCCAUUAUAUCACAUACUUGGUUCCAAGGUCCCUGUUAGAUGUAUUUAUGAAAAUAUGUAUGUAUGUACAGUCAGAUUGCAUAAUACUUAUAUUUCACAGCUAUCCAACAUUUUAAAGCAUUCAAAGGUAUGGACAGAAUGAAAGUAAUCAAAAUAAGUCUGUCUUAAACUAUAAAAUUAAAUGCCAUGAACUGAAUGAAAUGGCAGAAUAAGCACUUUCUUCUUCAAACGUGCAGAGCAGCAACAAGACUUCUAUAGUGAGAAAUGGAACUAAAACCCCAUCCCACUGCAAAUUCAACACAUAUUCAAGAAGGAAUCACCAGUCAUUAUCAGCAUUGUGUAGAGUAUAAUUCCUCUGGAUUAUACAGUGCUGAAACAGUCAGAGACCCUUAAGAUUAUAUAGUUAAAGUUGAGUCGGUUAGAAUUUGCUUUCAUUUGCAACAUCAUUGAUGAGUUCAGAAUUUUUCCUCUUUUGUGUUUACGGUAAUAAUGAUGUCUGUCAUCCUCAGUUACUGCUGCCAUAGUGACAAAGUGCAGAGGCACCUGUUCCAGCAACAGGAGACCUUAAUGCUUGGUAACUUCCAUUACCAACAGCUCAGAAAAAAAAUAUCUUUUUCAUAUUUUAUGACAUUCAAAAAUAUUUAAAUUUACUGUGUUGUUGAGGACCUAAGUUUAGACAGGAAUUUAAAUCAAGACUCUUAGCCCUAUAUGGAGGUUAGAGCUUAGAUUCUCUUCAGCUAAGGUCUGUUUUUUUCAAGAGACUAGAACGUUUGUGGCAUUAGAACAAGAAUAUAUUUCUAUGGUGAUGCAUCUACAGCUUAAAUGUCACAUUUUUAAUGUGCUGUUGUUUUUUGUUCUGCUCAUUUGUGUAGUGGGUUUUUUUUUCUUUUUGUUUAUUUACUUAAACACACUGAAUAUAUGGAAAAGAUUGCAGAAAUAGCUAUAAUGGCUACAGUUUGGAAAGUCUACAUUUGUGAGUUUUUCAUAGUUUCAUGAAGAAAAUGUGAAACUGAUCAAUAAGAAAGAAGUGUGACUAUACAGUGAAAAUACUAGUUGUUAAAGGAAGUAAUAUUAAGUUUAUAAGAGGACAGUGGUAAAGAAUAUAAAAUUACUUUCAGUCAUUCAGAUAACUUUAUUCCAAUUUUUUAACCAGGUUUUGUUUUAGUUAACAGCUUUGUGUGGUAAAGUUAAAUUUAUUUUCUUAAAAGGCCCCAUCAUUUUCAGCUAAUGAUGUAUUGACUCUAUUUGCAUUGCCCUGAUGAUUGUAUAAUAAGGGAAAGAGUUGUGUUUUAUAUGAUACUCAAAGGAUGUUUGUAAAUCAUAAUGUCAGCUCAUUUUGUAUUUCACAUUGUAAAACCCAAUGGUAAUUCAGUUGGAUAAGAUACCCAGUGGGCUGAGAUAUGAAGGGGAAUGAUUUAAAAUCUGUGGGCAUCUAAAUAAACUCCUAUGUACAGAUUGCUUUCCCUUAGUUUUAUUAGCAGGAUUCUAAAACACUGAUCAAUGUCCUUUCCAGCUUGAGCUCCUGAUGUUGCAAAAUAGGAGAAAAAGUGUUUGCCCAGAGGUAUAGCAUCAGAGUGGUAAGAAAUAUGUCAUUCAUACUCAAGCAGAAUCAAAUAUUCCAGUCUGUCAUAUUGAAUUUCUGGAGCUCUGUAAAUGGAUUAAAGACAGUGCAGUCUCUGAAAAUCAUUCUUAUCCCUUUUACCUUGCAGUAUUGAAGCCCUUUCCCAGGAUGCUUCUGGAAGCUACAGAUCUUGUUAGGAUCAUAUUUAACAGGACCACCGAAGUUCACACUUUUCCACUGCAGACCAAUUUUCUCCCAGAGCUCAAAUGCAAAUUAAUUCAGUAAAACCCUUUCAGAGCAUUUUAUACAGCAUUACAUGUCAUUAUCUCCAGAGUGAGGCAGCUUGAAUUGUUUACACAAAGUCAAAAUGUUGACACAGACCUGUAUAUGUUGCAUUUUAAGCAGUUGCCCUGACUGUGAUGAGCUUUCCCUCAUGGAGUAAUUUGAUCACUAGUCACAUCACAUGUACCUUCAGAGUACUCAGAAGCCCCAGCCCCAGCUCAAAGAGCACAUUAUGGAAGAAAACCUAAUUUCCUGUGUCAUAUGUGACCAAGGUAAGUAAGAACUUUCAAAACUUCAUUCUUGAUGAAAUUCCCUAUUCCCUGUAGAGAUAUGGACGCUAAAAUUAAAAUGCUGAAGAAAGCCAGUGUUUAUUAUAAUAAUUUAAGAAAAUUCUUCUCUUUGUUUGUGAGAUGGACACUGUCUCGGAUCAGGAGAAUGUAUAUAUUUUAUAUAUGUAGUGCAUAUUUGUAGUGUAGUAUUCACUUGAGGAGGACUACUGUUAACCUCUGUGAAAGGAAACUUGCUGCUGGUUAAGGGACUUGGUCAAAGCUCUGGCUCUAGACAAUUAGAAUUUUGUAGCUGUUUCUAUUUAUUUAUCCUGUGAAAGAGUACUUCCUCUGUAACCCUUCUGAUGACAAAAAAAAGUCAACGAGUGACAAACAGAAAAUGAAAAUUCCAGCUCUGGUAAAAUGUCUUUGUCCUCCCCCUUUUGGUAGAAAACUCAGCCUAGGUUCUCUAAACCAGAACCUGGUGUUAUGUCUUGAGAGGACAGUGAGUUCUCAGCUCUGCUUCUGUGUGUUUGCAAACUCAUGUUCUAGGUUAAAGCAAGUACAAAUAUUCCUUUUGUAGUGGCCCAUAGAGUUAUGGACCACUCUGAGCCGUGCUGGUCACCAGGAAGGGCCAAAGCUGAAUUAUUCCCCACAAAUGCUGAAUAAUAUCAGUCCAACUCACAGGAAUGUGUGUGGGAUUUAUUAGUGCCUUUGUGUUGCCUCAGAGACCUAAAUAACAACUGUCUUCCAGUAAUAUAUCUUCCCCCAAGAGCUGUCAGUGAGUUUUCGGGUAUACAAGAUUUAAUUAAUAACAUCUUUUCAAUCAGAGUGCAAUGACAACCAAAAUAUCAUCUUUUUUUUUUUUUUUUCCUGUGACAGACAAUAAUGUUUUACAAAACAAAAGGUAAAAUGUCAGGAGUGAUUACACAAAUGGUAGAGUAGAUUUUAGCAGAAUUAAAUCAUAACUCCUACGAGCAAUAUGGGAAUGUCUCACAUCUAAUGGUACUUACAUAAUCAUCAUUAAUGAGGGGUUUUUAAAAGGGCCCCAUGAUACAGUUUGAUGUAAAAUUUUAAGUGAGUGUUGUGAUAAGACAUAAUUGUUUGAGGAACGUAUUCUGCCAGCGGAAAAAAAUGCCUGCCAAUAAGCUCCUCUUCUUAAGGUACAUCUUUGGAGCUCAUUGAAAUUUAAAUUGGUGUAAGGAAGAUUCAUGGUAGUGUAAAUUUAAAAAAUAAAAAGAAAUUUAAAAGA